CCCGAUGGAUGCCAGUGAGGACAAGCAUGUCAAUGCUGCACUUCAGAUGAACAAUUUCAAGGCAGCCCUAAAUGGGUUUGAAAAACUGGUUGAACGUACAGCGGCCCAGAAAAGAGAUGAAAGAGCAGGCUUGUUUGUCCAAAAAGCAGACAUGAUUGAUUAUGAGAAGUUUUAUGCAGCAGUGCAGGCCCUCUUUGGUCCGGAGGUGAAGAACCAAGACGUGAAAUGCUUCUACAGGAAACUCUGCAACAACCCUGACGCGCCUACAGACUGGUGUGAGAUCUUUGGAUAUUACUCCUCUGAAGACGACUCUCUUACUUCCCAGUUGGAUGAAGAAAAUUUGGUUUUCCUCGUGUCUAGAAAACAGCGUGUCAUAAUUUCAGGAAGUAGGAGACGGGAUGUGAUUAAAUGCAUUGUCAAGAUCCCGCACUUGGAUUUACUAAUAGCAGCUUCUCAGAGAGGAUUAAUAACAGUCUUUAAUAACCAGAUGAGAGUGCAGACCAGCACCAACGUCACAGAUACCUCUUGGAUUACAGGAUGUGAUUACCUCUCGCAGCUGAAACGAAUUGUUGCCACCACAGAAAGGACCAUUAUUGUCUGGGAUUAUAAAGCUCAAGGGAGCAACCAGGAAAACUAUUUCGUCAUAAAGCCGAUGGACCACUGCCUCCUCUGCGUGUGUGUCGUGCCCGUCACCGACCAGCUCAGCCGAGACGACAUCCUGCUGGGGGACGAUGGUGGAUUUGUGAAUAAAUUCACAGUAAAUACUGACGACUUUGGAUUAAAGCAGGCAAAGACCAAAAAAAAAGUACAAAAUCAGGUCUUAGACUCAAAGGACUUUAAAAGCGUUAAAAGGAAGCUGCAUAAUGACUGGGUUAUGAAAGUUAGAUAUAUUUCCACCCUAAAUUGCUUUGGAUCCUGCUCCUUAGACAGUGUUCAUUCCUUAGUUUUGGACACCUUGAAGAGACUGGAGGACAGUGCGCCUGUCAGAGAGUUUUCCAUGCCAAGAGGAGCGAACACUUUCUGCUACUGUAUAAAAGCCAACGUCAUUGUCACUGGAGGAGAUGACAAGGUGCUCCGGCUGUGGCACCCCAAUAUCAGCACCAAGCCAGUGGGGAAGCUCGUGGGGCACAUGUUCAGUAUCACCGAGAUCGUCACCAAUGAGAAAGACCAGCUCGUGAUCAGCCUCUCCUCCGCCAAGGUCUUCAGGGUGUGGGAUAUACAGACUCUGUCACUAUUACAAGUCUUCCAUGACAGCCAAGGAGGACCCGGGGACAUGCAGAUUUAUUCCAUGAUAUACGACUCCAACCAUGGCAUGCUUAUCGCAGGAUCUACUGUUAUUGACAUGUAUCCUUUGGCUAGGAUGAUACAAGAUACCAAACAGGUUCCUCACACUCAUGAACGAGAAAUCAAUGUCAUGCUGUACAACAAAUAUUUUCACCAAGUCCUUACCAUCUGCUCUGAAUCCAUAAUUAAGGUAUGGGAACUUGAGACUGGCCUCCAAAUAUACCAGAUUCUAGACCCUCAUGGCUUCAGUGUUGAACUGACUUCUGCAGCUAUCGAUGAAAGUGGAUUUCUUUUUGCCACAGGAGCAUAUAAUGGAACAGUUAAAAUCUGGGACUUUGGCAGCGGGCAGGAGAUUAAAAUACUGCCCGAAGGGAAGGACUGGAAGGAGGAAGAGCACUGGAUAAAACGGCUCAUUUUUCUGAAAGUGCCAGAAAAACACCAGCAUUUGCUUCUUGCCUUGGAUCACAGCGGGAAGAUCAAAAUGAUGCAGGGUAAAGAAAAUGAUAUUUGUCUCGCGGUGAUAUGGGAGCUGCCUGAUGUUGUACCUGUCCUCCAAGAUGGUAAUCAUAUCGUGCGCCUGAAGGCAUCUACUAAAGAUAGGGGCGUAACUAUGCCUUUUCCAGAUGUUACACUGAUAGCUGAGAAAACCUUUCCUCAACAUGCUAAUAAUCCAGCAGUUAAUACAGAAGUGAACUGCAUAGAUUUAUUACAAGUAGACGGAUAUAAUUUGAUAGUUGCCGGAACCUUAAAUGGUGUGAUCAUCUUAUGGAAUUUUGUAACAUCCACUGUCAAAGAAUUAUACAGACCUGAAGAUUGCUUCACUGUAAAUCCUGACUUGGAUCCCAAACGCUUUAGAAUUAAUGACAUCCUGUUUCUCCUCCGUCCCCCUGAGUGUGCAAGGAGGUCAAGUCAGGAUUCCGUCUGCUCUUCGUCGCAGUGUGACUCUAGUAAGGGUCCCCAGAGCAGCAAGGGAAGCAAACAGAGCAUACAUGACGGUGACAGUAAAGAUGAGCCAACAGAUAUCACCAUGGGAGAGCAACCAGUGGAGAAAAAACAUGUUGGAGGCACCGGUGCUACGGAGGCUCAGCUACCUCUGCUGGUCACUGCUCACGAGGAUGGACACCUCCGCUUAUGGACUAUAGAGGGAAGACUACUGAAAGAUAUGCUACCAUUUACCAAACACUCUGCCAUUUCUCUGACAUGCCUGUAUACUGAUUCCUGUGCCAGGAUACUACUGACUGGCAAUGUAGAAGGGCAUGUUAUCCUUUGCAGUAUUGGCUCCUUCCUGGAUCCACCUCAUGAUGAAAAGAAAUUCAGGCAGCUGCUUGCCUGGCGUGCUCAUGCUUUAGAAAUUCUCCAAGCAAUCUAUGUAGAAGAAAAGCAAGUGGUGCUCACUGCCUCCGUCGAUGGCUCAGUAAGGCUCUGGCAUGCCCUCAAUGGCCAUUACUGUGGAUAUUUUGGACAGCAAAGAUCCUUUGACAUCUCACAGACAGGUGAUUUCAUUUUGCCUUGUGAUGUUAAUGAGUAUCCCAUAGAAAUAAAAGAAGAAAGCAAGUUCACAGAGCAUAAACAAAAAUACGAAUAUCCUCUGAUACUUGACCGGCAAAGGUGGGAUAAAAUGAGCUCAAUGUCUUUGCUCUUCAAACGUGCACCUACCAAGCCCUUUAAAGUGGAACAUGAUUUUAAGUUUUUCAAGUCUCUUUCUUCCCCCAAGAUUCGAAAAUAUUCCUUGGAAGGUUUCAUGACUGAAAACAAAGAGGCGGGGAUUGUUUUUGGUUCUCUGCCUAUAUAUAGGGUACCCAGCCCCACUAGUCUAAGGUUCCUCCCACUCAUUGGCUCAGAGGUGAUAAAGGAGUCUUCAGAUGGCAUUCCUGGAAGGAAGAAGGGAGGUCAUGUUCAACAGGAAAAGACACAACGGAGGAGAAGUCUGAAAAAACCCUUGGUCCCACAUAUAAACCUGGCUUCUUUCUUCUUCCCGGCCAUCUCCAAAUAAGAGAAAAAUCAGAGCUGGCUGCCGUGGUCUGAGCUGCACAGGAGAUGGCGAGGUCUGAAUGAUAGGCCAGUUUUUAUUUCAGGGUGAAAGCGAGGGGCCACCAGCCCUGUCUCCCGCCUCUGAACCCUCAGGCCAGCUUAUCCAUAGAGAAAUUGCUCAUCGAGUUCUGGUGGCCUCAGCUCUGAACAGCAAGCAGCCAGGCGGCCAAUUUCUUUCGUACAUUGAAAUCUACUUAAGGAAUAGGCAAUGUUUCGUCUUCACUGUCAGCAAAAUGACAAACGAAACAAAGGAAAUCAAUAGCAUAAGUAGAUCGAAAAUAAUAUGGUUAUAAUAAUUAGCUUUCCACAUUCCCCACUGUUCACCCUAAUUCAUAACCGGACUUACUAUCAAAAUGUAUGCAUUAAGAAGCAAAUUGCUUGUGUGCCAUGCUAUGUGGUAUACAGAAGAAUUAGUAUUAAAAAGGAAAAUGUACCAGCCAACCUUCCAGCUA